UGACAGUGCUACGUAUGUAAUUGAUGUUUUGUGUUGUCCGAUUAUGUGGCGUCCUGUGUAUUUAUUUUAAUAUUUUGUAUUUAACAUCGAAUUGCUUUUGUAAUUUUAACUAGAAUAAGUUUUCUUUAAUGAAUAGGUGUACGUAGUUGUAAAAUAACAAUUAGAUUUUGUUACGGAAUACUUAGUAUUUAUUGUAAUUCAAUAAUGGAUCGAAAUAUGAGGUCAAAUUAUGUGAAUAGUGGACCAAGAUCACUCCCACACAUUGGAAACAAACGUCACAAUGGUAACAGUCACAAUGGUGCCCGGCUAAGCCCACCUGCACAGACUACGGUCAAUAUUCACAGUAACAAUAACAAUGUCAACAAUAAUUGUUCUCAACACGAUGAUCUCAUUAAUUAUAUUUACGACUCUUGGAAUAAGGUAACACGCGAAUUAGAAAGAGGCAGCGAGGACGCAAAAUACUAUAUAGAGAUGCCGCCGCGGCAAUUGGCGAAUUUUAGGCCAUUCAAUCUCGAGGAGUGGUGGGGAAAGCGUUUCAUUCAAUCAAUAAACCGUAACAAACAUCGCUCUUAGUUCAUGCAUGCAAUCAUAUUAAUACCUCAUUGUAACAAUACAAUAUUUGUCAAAUUAAUAAAAAUAUAAUCAUUUUUUAUAUCUGUGAUUUGAAAAUAGGAUGUUAAAGAAAAUUGGCAGCAUUCAUUCUGAUGGGUUUAGCAAAUAUUACUAAAUGUAAAGUUUUUUUUUCACACUUAACAAAUUGAUCUUCAGUUGACAAAUUUUGAUGACUUUUUGAAUUUGAUUUUUAAAAGACCAAAGCAGAAAAAACAAACAAAAAAUCUACAAUAAUGUUUCACUUUUUCACUCUAUUUAAAGAUAUUUAAUGUUAUUAUAAAAUUAUUUCUUUCUAAAAGAGUUUUUGUCAUCAGAAAAAUCUAAUUAGAUAAAUAAAAUUUAGAUUUGCAAUCACGGUGGCCACCUUGCUGGUCAUAUUUCUACUUAAAUACGUAUUCGUAUUUAUUUCUCUUAAAACGCAAUUUGAAGUUUUAAAAAACAAGCAAUAAUUAUGAUAAGGCAAUAAUUUUAACUUUCGUAAUUUGUACCCAAUAGAUCUAAGAAAGAAAAAUGGACUAAAUAAUAUCAUUUUAGUAAAAAAAAUAAGAUGAUUAAGAAUAUAUUGAUACAAUGAGAUAUUAAUGAUAAUUCAGUCUCAUACUUGAAAUUUCUCGUAGUAGGCGUAAAAUUAUUAUUACAGUUUUGUACUUAUGGCAAGUUUUCUUAUUCACAAUGAACUUUUCCGAUUAUCAAUGAAAUAAUAAUAUUACAUAUGACGUAGUUUAUUUAAUUGUCAGUUAUAUUUAUGCAAAAAAGCAGUCAUAAGCAGAUUAACAUUCAAUAUUUUUUCAAAUCUGUUUAUUUUAGGAGAUUAUUGAUUGAUUAGGUUUUAUAAUUAACUUAGUGUGAAUUUUAUUUUACUAGUGAUAAGAUGUGUUAUUUCCGUAGAAUCAGCUAGAUAUUUCGUAUUAAAUCAUGACUGUAUAAAAUGUUUAUUAAAAGAAAAAACUUAAAAAAAAAUACUGGUAACAUCACACAGACCAUAAUUGUAUACUAUCUCUGAUUAAGGCUCUAGAUUUAAAUUUGCUCUAUUUUUAUUUGUGUCAUAUAAGAAUGAAGUACAGUGAUUAUCUAUUUUAACAAAUCUUUUUCUAACACAAUUUCUCUACUACUUAAAACUUUGUUUUGAUCAUUUAAAACAUUGUCGAGGUAAUAAAUAUUUAUUUAAACACUGUUUUAUAACAUACCAACACCAAAAAUAGAGCACAUUUGUGUCUAUGCCUAUUUUUUUAUAGAUCAACAAUAAUAAUGAUACACAUUUAACAGAUAAUAUUUGACAUUCCAUAAAUUGUAUCCUAUUUUAGGUACUUAGCAUUUGAAUUGUAAAUACGUUGUAGCGAUAAAGCGCUGAUAGAUCACGAUUUUAAUAAAACAUUUUUUCUA